AUGGUGCUCUCGCUGCCAGUCCCCGGCUUCUCCAAAUCCUCCUCAUCCCGCCCCGACGGUACGCAAUCUCACCGAAAGUCAACCUCUGGUUCUUCAACCAGCUCCUCAUCCAGUCCCAAUGUCCGAAAGCCAUCACUAGGGCAGACUGGUCCCUCUCCCAACAGCUACUCUAUUACUCUCGAAGCGCUACGAAAUAACCCUUUCGGCAAUACCUCCCGAUCCCGCGGCCCCGUCCAGCUCUCGGCUCACGAAACAGAGGAACACAAGAGGGAACAGGAGGAACUCAAUACCGCACUCGAGACUCUGGUUCGCAUAUUUCCGGAUGUACAGAUAGAGGUAUUCCGUGAGCUGCUGCUACGCUUUGACGGACAGAGCCGGUUACAAGUGUGUGUGGAGGAGCUGCUUAGGCAUAAGAAGAAAUGGGUUUCGGGGCGGUGGAAUAUCCCAGAAGGAACCACUGAAGCCGAGGCAGAGGGAAGUGCUCGCGUACCUCCUUGGGGCGAUGACUUUGCUCGACAUGACCUUGGCGAUAGUGGCCUGGUCCCUCCCGAGGAGCGCUUUCGGUCCAAUAAUUACAAGGCCGCCGUGCGGAUGGCCAUGACAAGAGAAUAUACUGGUCUGAACAAAAGUACCGUGGAGGCUGUUCUAGCUGAAGUGAACUUUAGCUAUGCUCGGGCUCGACCGAUGCUCCGGGACCUAUCUCGUCGGACAUGGCGCGCGACAUUCAACAGUAUGUUCCCGUCUUUCAGGCGAAAGAAGGACCGCGAGGAACAUCCGCUUUUGGCAUGGCAUCGUCGAGUCGACGGGGAACUUGUCCCUGUUCUGAAAGAAACCGGAUGCAGCGAGUUGGAUGCAGAGCUCCACGAGAUGUUGUUGGCCCCGCUGUUGCAACAGAAGCGCGAAGAGCAGCAGGACAAAGAUUUCCGAUUUGCUUCAGAGCUGAACGAGAAGGAAGCUCAAGAAUUUAAUGCCAUUUACGAAUGCGAGUGUUGUUUUGCCGAUGUGACAUUCGAGCAGAUCGCGACAUGUUCAACCAACACUCAUAUCAUUUGCUACCUCUGUAUUCAAAGAACCGUCUACGAAGCACUGUUUGGACAGGGCUGGGGAAAGUCUGUCGAUCUGGAGCGCUCUACCUUGAAGUGUCUUGCACCGCUAUCUGUUGGGUCGUGCAAUGGAUGUCUUCAUCCGGAGAUUGUCAAGCAGGCAAUUUUUCUCGACACGGCUGGCUUCGAGACAUACCGCAAAUUCGAGGAUCGGCUCUCCUCUGAGGCACUUAUGAAGUCACAACUGAAGCUCGUUAGAUGUCCGUUCUGCUCCUAUGCUGAAAUUGACCCCGUCUACCACCCUUCAUCCCGCGGUGUUCGCUGGCGGUUUCGUCGUGACGGUGGCACUAUUCCUACGAUUCUGAUGAUCCUUUUCCUCCUUGACCUCGUACCCUUACUCGUAAUUCCUGUGUUUAUUUUAUUACUCCUGGACCCAGCCACCGUAACAGCGGCCUUUGGGAAUGCCGUUCGCAAUCUCUGUCUCAAGAUUCGGCCUAAGCGAUUCACCUGUGCCAACCCUUCCUGCUUACGCAUUAGCUGCAUGACAUGCCAGAAACCGUGGCGAGAUCCACAUGUGUGUCAUGAACCGUUGCUCCUGGAUUUGCGCGCUACCGUCGAGGCUGCCCGUACCGCCGCCGUGAAACGCACCUGUCCCCGCUGCUGCCUCUCAUUUGUCAAAUCCUCAGGCUGCAAUAAACUGACUUGCGUCUGUGGCUACUCCAUGUGCUACCUAUGCCGGAAGGCACUAGGCCCCCCUCCACGAACAACCACGCCUCCCCGUGCCCUCCGUGGGGUAGAUGCCUUUGAUGGCCCGGGCGAUAUACCCGACAAUCCCUUUAACAAUGAGCAGGUUGCAGGCAACAUGUCUGAUGACGAAUUCGAAGAACCGGAAGGCUACAAACACUUUUGCGAGCACUUCCGCAUCAACCCUGGGUCUCGCUGCACAGAGUGCACGAAAUGCAACUUAUACCAAGCAGAAGACGAGGAAGCGGUCGCCCGCCGCGCAGGCGAAAAAGCCGAGCGCGAAUGGCGGAUCAGGCAAGGCGAUUCUGGUACCAGUAACCCAACUUCGGCUGUCGAAUUCCGCAAUGUAAAUCAAGAUCUCUCAGCAGGGGUGGAUGCUCGUUCUGCGAGUCGCCGCGUGACGGCCCCACUUUGGGAUUUGCAGCUUACAUCUUUGAAUAAACCGUGGACUUACUGGCUCACUGAUGUGUGGAUUGAUGGACGGUGGAAACUCGAGGGUCAGGCUUUUGCGGAUUGGAUUGUGGAACGAGUCGUCGAAGUUGGGGACACAUGA